AUAUAUCUUCGCUUUCUCUGGUUACACCGAAACCAAAACCUCAAAAUCAAGAGCUAGUCGCUCCGAUGGCUUCCAAUUCGAAGAAGGAAUCCACUGAGGAGAAAUCUGGCAAAAGCUACAGCGGAGAAACAAAACCAGUACAGGGUGGAGUUUCACCUGCCACUAUGCCUGAACCAGGGUUUGCCCAACCGAAUCCAUUUGAUUUCUCCGCCAUGAGUGGCAUUCUUAAUGAUCCAAGCAUCAAGGAACUAGCUGAGCAGAUAGCAAAAGAUCCUUCAUUUAACCAAAUGGCGGAGCAGCUCACUAAAACAUUUCAAGGGGCAGCAGCAGAAGAGAGUAUUCCACAGUUCGACCCACAGCAGUACCAUUCAACCAUGCAGCAGGUUAUGCAGAAUCCUCAGUUUAUGACCAUGGCAGAGCGCCUUGGUAAUGCAUUAAUGCAGGAUCCAGCUAUGUCUAGCAUGCUUGAGAGUUUGACUAAUCCACAACACAAAGACCAGAUUGAGGAAAGGAUGUCAAAAAUCAAAGAAGAUCCAUCAUUGAAACAUAUUCUAGAAGAAAUAGAGAAUGGCGGUCCUGCAGCAAUGAUGAGGUACUGGAAUGAUAAAGAUGUUCUGCAGAAGUUAGGUGAAGCAAUGAAUUUUGCUGGUUCUGGAGAUGCAGCCACCUCUGCUGGUAACUCUGCUGCAGAUGAAGGUGAUGAAGAAGGAAAUGAGGAUGAAUCUAUUGUACAUCAUUGUGCCAGUGUUGGUGAUGUUGAGGGUCUAAAAGCUGCACUAGAUUCUGGUGCUGACAAGGAUGAAGAAGAUUCAGAGGGAAGGUCAGCACUUCAUUUUUCCUGUGGAUAUGGUGAGGUGAAAUGCGCUCAAAUCCUUCUUGAAGCCGGAGCAGCAGUGGAUGCUUUGGACAAGAACAAGAAUACUGCACUCCAUUAUGCAGCUGGUUAUGGACGGAAAGACUGUGUGGCCCUUCUAUUGAAGAACGGCGCUGCUGUAACUCUCCAAAAUAUGGACGGAAAGACUCCGAUUGAUGUGGCAAAGCUCAACAAUCAGCUCAACAAUCAGCCCAAGGUAGUAAAGUUGCUCGAAAAGGACGCCUUCCUGUGAGCUGAGAAGAAGCACUGGUAAGGAUAUGGCAUAUGUAUGUUUGGGUCUACCAUGUCACAGUUAUUUCACUGUGCUAUUAAACAAAUUUACUUUGAUAAGUUUGGGGUAGUGAUCAAAGCUCGACUGGGUCUUUUUCUUUAAUUAUAAUUCAGAUCUGUAAUGAUAAUGUUGGAAAAGAUCAAUUUGCAAGUGAUUGUUCACUCACUUGUAGGAAAACCGAGU